AUGGUGAACAAGGGGAAAAACGUCGACAACCCGCCUCCGGACAGCGAGCCGCGGUUCACUUUGAACCAGUUGCAACAACUCCUGGAUGCACUUUCGCUUGUCCAGGAGCAGGAAGAAGAGCGUCAGAUGUGGCGAGAUGUAGACAAUGAAAACCACCCGACGGUUUCGGCGCCGUUGCCAUCGUCCUCAGCUGCCGGCAAUAGCUCUCAGGGUGGAUGCGGUGCUGCUGCGGCCCCGGGCUCUGUUCCCCUCGCGCGACCUGCACAGUCGACGGCGGGUAAUAGCGGUGCCGGUCGUGGAACACUGCCGGCUGCUGCUGGCAGUGACGAGCACACCGGCACGAACUUCGGGAACCAUCAUCGUCCGAUCGAGGACGCCGAGUCCGGUGGCAGCGUCGGGACUGUUAGGUGGUACUGUAUCACACGUGGCCAGGCCGUUGGAAUUUUUCGUGACUGGAUGCUGGUGGCUCCGUUGGUGAUUGGAGUGCCGAACGCGGUGUUCCAGCGCUACCCGACAUUCAGCGCUGCGCUCGCGGCGUUUAUGAGGGCCGCUUCAAACGGGACUGUUGCCGUCAUCAUGUAG